ACCUGCCUGUCAGACCGAGACCGUUUCGGACGUCAAAAGAACGUCUAUCAUUGGGGUUGUUUACUCAAUUCCCACCGCCUCAACUCAGCCCUUUGAUUGUUUGUCUCAGCAACCACUUCUGUUUCUGACUUAUUGCUCUCGAACAUGAUAAGACCGGAUGUGCAAGCAUUCAUCUAGCGGCAAGACGGGCAUUCGACUCGAAGCGUCAUCACGAUGACCAGCAAUCCCAGCACCAUGGCGCCUCAAGUUGCGGUGGUCGACUUCCAUCAUGCUCGUGGCCCAGAAAUCGAAUUCUGGAUCGACCCAGUCGGGGAAGCGCUGUACAAACGCAAUGAUUGGGGACUAUUGCCAUUCAUGGCGCUCAGUGAUGGCGCGCACACCAUGACGGAGGAGUUUUCGUAUUUUACUUUACUUGAGAAGAAGCAACCUACUGCAACGGGUCCAGGGACGGGUUUUGGGACGUCGCUUUUUGGGAUUUCGUGUACGAGGCAGAUUCGCGCGGAUAAGUUGAAACACCGGUCGAUUGAUGUCACAAGGAGUACGGUGCAGAAAGCUGUGGUUGUGGUAAAUCCGACGGCGAGAGGGAUGGGUGAGUUGAGGGAGCGGGUUGGGGCUGUGACUGCAGCUUGGUUUGCGCAGGAAGACUUUUCAGACAUUUCGAUAUUGCAGGAGUUUCAAGACAGUCUUGCACGGUCGCCGGCUUCCCAUGAAGAUGGGAAGGAUCAUUACUUUGGCCUCUCGCUCCGAGAAAUGAUAUACGAGUUCCGACAUCAGACCCUGGCACUGUUCAAAUGUCUACUGUUGCAGCGCAAGAUGCUCUUCUUCGGAUCCAAAUGCGAGCGAUUAUGCAUGAUGCAGUUUGCACUCAUCUCGCUUAUUCCAGGAUUGAUCAGAAAUCUGCAGGACGCCGCGGACCCCACGUUGGACUCCUACGCCCAGAACGCCCAGAGAGCCGCGACACUGAAGACAAGUGAUCGGGCUUCAUUACUAUCAUACAUGGGACUGCCUUUACAAAUAUUCGGCAAGGGCUCUUUCUUCGGCCCGUACACACCCCUUCAGCAAUUGGACAUCCUCGCCGACUACGACACAAAGUCAUACGUGGUCGGGUCAACGAACAGUCUUCUCCUCCAACAGAAAGAGCGAUACAGCGACAUCUUGAUCAAUCUCGACGAAUCGAACAGUAUCACAAUCAGCUCGCCUUCGCUGCGAACGGCUUUGGCACUGUCGGCCGCCGACAGACGCUGGAUGGACUUUCUCACACAAACCGUCCUGGACACCUGGGACCCCGAGAACCCUAGCAGGCCGAAGAACAUGGGCUACGCAGGGUCCGAGGAUGCAAUCCGCCUGCAAUUCGAAGAGUACAUCCUCAGCUUGCUAAGCAGCAUGGCGUACCAGGUAUACCACGAGUCAAUAGUCGAGACAGGGGGCGUGGCGGGCAGCGUCGCCAACACAGAGCACUACCCCGACCCAGGCGACACAGCGACGGAUUUCAACCCAGAGUUUCUCGCGAUAUGGCGAUCAACGCACAAUUUCGAGCUCUUCGACCGGUUGGCCCGUGACAACCGCAUCUUCGACAUCAUUGAGCCGCGCCAUCCAACUGGUGGGGGGUUGAGUGUCGAGGAUGUGCAGAGGAGAUUACAGCAGAAUCUUGCGGACUUGCAUCUCGAUGACCGUGUCAGAGAAGGAAGAGAACAGCUCGGCAAGACGAUUGCCGUCGGUCGCGAGCGCAUGGCCAAGUUCUGGGCGGACAUGGAGAAGGCGAGAGAGAACAGACUCGCUGCGGCAGCGGCGAGACAGUCGUCGUCAGAGAGUCAUUCGCGUAGCGAGAGUCAAGUGAGGAGUACGAAUAGUCUGGAUAAGGAGAAUGACCCGCGGCUGUCUGCCGAUCAGGGUGUGCCGGGCGAGGUGAGAAACGAUGGAAGUCAUCAAGGCAUUGCGGAGGGUGGUGCGCGUCCGACAGGGGCUUGGACAACGGCUCUCCGGGAUCGUGCGGCGAAAGUACAGUUCCAGAAACCCAACGUCGAUACAGCGCAGUUGCAGGCCUCAGCGCGGGAGAACGCCGCGAAAGCUGGCGCGUAUCUAAGUAGUUGGGGGACUUGGGCGAGAGAUCGGAUGCAGCAGCAGCAACAACAACAACAGCAAGGACGAGGGGCGACUGAUAGUGGAGCCGCGACCGCGACGGGCACGGGCACGAGCACAGGGACAGGGACAGGAACAGGAACAGGAUCGUGAUCUAUAAUGAGGUCGAAUUCGUUGCUUCUUCAUUGGCUUGCGCAUGAUUUGGCUAGAGGAGGAUGCCUCAGCGAGCAGUGACGCUUUGAAGGCGUCUACUUGUCAUUCUGGUAGUUUUUGGCAAAGCGUUUGACCAGAGGACUGAUAGAAUCUCAAUAAAGACGUGACAGUCCAAUAGACCUUCGUCUGCGUCUGGUCUCAAGAACAGCCUCCGACGCAUUGCAUUGCCAACGUGUUACAGCAAACGGACGAGGUAAAUGACU